AUGAGCGCCCCGCUGCUACUAGCACCACCCACGCGUGCGUGCUCGCCUCGCCAGCGCGCGUCUGGGAAUCGCGCUGCGCUGCCAACCUGCCCGCCGCCAUUCGCUCGCGCCAGUAGCGUCCGGGAAACGCGCCUUGUCACGGUGAGUGGGGUGGCAUGCGCGCGUGGCAGCAGCGUGAGUGCGAGAGGCAGAGGCGUGGCGGGUGCGGGUAAGGGGCGGCAAGGGGAUGUGGCAGUCAACCGCGCUCACACGCACCCACGCAUUCCCCUCAAUCCCUCCAAUCCCCUUCUCCAAAGCCCACUCCCCCCCGCUCAUUUCCUUUCCUUCCAUUUCGUGUGCAUGCGGACAUUCAUGCAAGCACCCUGUCAUUGCUCUCCCCCUUCUUUCCUGCUCCUUUCACCCCCCUUCACCCUUCUCUUCCAUUGCCCCUCCUUUCCCCCUCGUGGCCCCCUCUUUUCCUCUGCUUUCCCCCUCCUCCCAUUUUGCUUCCCUCUCCUUUUCCCCUCUUUUGCCCUCAUUCCCCCCUCCCCCUCCGAACCCCCUCCGAUUUUCUUCUUUUGCCUCCGUUCACUCUCCUUUCCUCUCCCCUGCACCCCCUUUCACCCCCUUUUCCCCCCUGCUUCCCCACGCCUGCACCCCACCUGCCCCCCGCGUGCCCCCCGCGUGCCCCCCGCCCCUGCCGCAUGCCCCACACAAAGCCACGCCAUUUCAACCCCUUCCCCUCCGCCCAUCCCCCUCCGCCCAUCCCCCUCCGCUCAUUCCUCUCCGCCCUUCUCCUCGCCGCCCCUCGUCGCCCAUUCGCCUCCACGCAUUUCCACCAAAAAACGCACGGCCCACCACGUGAGAUGCAUUUCACGCCUUAAAUCCCUUAUCGCCCUCCUUUCUCCCCCAUUUCCCUCUUCUCUCCCCCUCCUUCCCUUCCCAUCCAAUUCCCCACCCUCCUUCCUUCCCCCCUCCUUCCCCCUCCUUCCCCCCUCCUUCCCGCUCCUUCCCCCCUCCUUCCCCCCUCCUUCCCCCCUCCUUCCCCCUCCUUCCCCCCUCCUUCCCCCUCCUUCCCCCCUCCUUCCCAAGUCAACCGCGCUCACACAAACCCACGCAUUCCUCCUCACCCCUCCAAUCGCCUUUUCUUCUGCCACUUGCAUUCCGCUCAUUUCCUUUCCAUUCAUGCAAGCACCCUUGGAUUGCUCUUCCCCCCUCCCCUCUCCUCCUCUCCCCCUCCUCUCUCCUUCCGUUCCCCCUUCUUUCCCCCCCCCUUCACUCCCUUUCGUCUCCCCCCUUCCUUCCCUCUCCUUUCCCCCUCCCAUCGUUUUCCCCUCCUUUCCCCCUCCUUUCUCUUUCUCCCUCUUAACUCCUCCGUGUCCCCUCCUUUCCCUCCUGCACCGUCCUAUCCACCUCCCUCCCGACCCCCUCUUUUCCCCUACUUUUCCCCGUCUCCUCCCUUUCUUCCCUCUCCUUUCCCCCUCCCAUCCCUUUCCCCUCCUUUCUCCCUCCUUUUCCCCUCCUUUCUCCCUAUUUUCCCUCUCCUUCCCCCCUCCAUUCCACCUCCACCCACCUUCUCCCUCCUUUCGCCCUUCGUCCAACCACCUUUGCCCUCAGUUCCCCAUCUUCCUCCAAACCCCCUCCAGUUCGCCACCCUGUCUCCUGCUUUCCCUUCUCACUUCUUCUUUCCCUCCCUUCCUUCCUUCCCCCUCCCAUUUCUCCUUACAUUCCCCUUCCCCCUUCUUCCGCCCUCCUUUCUCCCUCCUUCCCUGCUCCUUCUCCCUCCGUCCCCCUUCCUGCCCUGCCCCCCUCCUUACCCUCCUUCCCCCUCAUUUACCUUCUCCUCUUCCACUGCCUUUCUCCUCCAUUCACACUCAUUUUUUCCCCUUCCCCUCCUUUUUCCCUCCCUUUCCCUCUCCUUCUCCCCCCCACCUGCCCCCCGCCUGCCCCCCCCUGCCCCAUGUGCCGUAUGACGGUGAUGCCUGCAGGCGCCAGGGCAGCGGGGCGCCAUGCAGGGCAGCGGAGCACCAUGCAGGGGAGGGCAUGGCGUGGGCUGUAAGGGGCUCUCCACUCGCCCUGCCUCCACACCUGCUGCUCAUCCGCCCCUCCUCCCCGCCUGCUGCCGUCCGCCCCCCUCCCUCCUCGCCACGCCCCUCCCCGCGCUGCGCCAUCCACUCGCCCACGUCAGCGCCUUGCCGCGCGCUCACCCACUUGGGGCUGCGAGUUGCUGCUGCAGCUGGGGAGACAGCAGCAGCACCACCACUGCAUCCCCUCCCACCACGCGCUGCAUUACCCAACAUGCCACCACCAUCAUUGCCACAUGGGAACAUCUCACCUCUCAACCUGUCACAGCCGUUGUGA